AUGGGUCGAACUCCUUGCUGUGACAAAGCUAACGUAAAAAAGGGAGCAUGGUCGCCGGAGGAAGACUCGAAGCUAAAGGAUUUCAUCGAUAUGUAUGGAAAUGGCGGAAAUUGGAUUACCCUCCCUCUCAAAUCUGGUCUAAAGAGAUGCGGUAAGAGCUGUCGAUUGAGAUGGUUAAACUACCUUAGACCAAAUCUAAAACACGGCGAUUUUUCUCAUGAUGAAGACAGGAUCAUUUGUAAUCUGUUUGCCAGCAUUGGAAGCAGGUGGGCGGUGAUCGCCUCAAGUUUACCGGGAAGGACUGAUAAUGAGAUAAAGAAUCAUUGGAAUACAAAACUAAAGAAGAAGGCCAUUCAUCCGCUUCUUUCACCACCGCCGCCGCCAACGACUCUGACUCGGCGGGUUACUAGUUCGCAGCCGCCACCUUCCACCACGACGUCGUUUCAUCAAGGAAUAUCAUCAUCAUCAUCAUCAUCAUCAUCUGUGUUUGCGUCUACAUUUGAUUAUUACUACCCACUCUUUCAUGAUCAAGACCCCACCUCAUUUUUCAACAACGAGCCAAAUAAUUUUUCCAACCUACUUCAGUACCAGAGUUCAUACAAUACAGGAAUCGAAAACAAUAUUUACAAUCAUGAUGAUUACUUGCGUACCCAGCAGUCUAUGGAUAAUAAUCAUAUUCUUGAUGAGAAUAAUUGUUAUUAUCAUAAUGAUAUAAUUCAGACGAUCAAACAUGAGGGUGUUUUUGGAAUGAACAAUGUCGACGUCAACAGAUCAUCCAUAUCAAAUGUUGACCCCGGCGGCAGGCUUCUUCAUCUUGAUUAUCAUGAGGAUCAUAAUUAUUAUGAUGAUGACGAUAAUAUUAUUCAACAAGCAGAGGCGUAUUUUAAUGGAUCAGAUCAGUUCUCCACUAGCCUUGAUCAAUUAUAUAAAUAG